AUGCCACAGUUCCAGACAUGGGAGGAGUUCAGUCUCAUGGUGGAGAAGCUCUACCUCGCGGACCCUAUGAAGGCACAUGUGGUUCUCAAACAUAGGCAUUCUGAUGGGAGUUUGUGUAUUAAGGUAACAGAUGAUUUAGUUUGUUUGGUGUAUAGAACAGACCAAACUCAAGAUGUAAAGAAGAUUGAGAAAUUCCACAGUCAACUGAUGCGACUUAUGGUAGCCAAGGAAUCCCGCAGUGUUGCAACAGAAACGGACUGACUGGUUUGAAAUGAAGACUGUUUGCCAUAUUCUUAGGAAGUAAAUGUCUUUUGAAUUUGAGGAAGUGUUGGGACAGAAAAUCCUUACUGUAACUAAGUGGGCUAUUCAGAAGCC